UAGACUUUAGUGCGGAAUUUUUUCUUCCAACGCAGAUCUAAUGGUUUCAUAGAACAUUCAACGGUACAGAAAUAAUCAAUCAAUCUAAUUUGAGCUAACAGGAAUCUAAACAAUCAUUCCAUCAACUAUGCCAUGUGCUAUUUAUUUUCAAAAUAGUGGGUGUCUUAAAUUUUUGUGGAUAAACUACUUAAUUUGGUGGAAAUAAAUUUCAAAAUUGUAUUAAAUAUUAUCGACCUGAGAAAAUGUUUCAUACUCCACAUAGGUCUCACUCACAUCUCGAUGCAGAUAUAAUCAAAUUACGCCGUAGAAUCAAUGAUAUCAAAGAAAAAAAUAUUAUUUUUCGCCAGUCUUUAAAGCAGGAUUUUAAAGAUAGAAAAAAAGAUUUGAAAGAUAGUGAGCUGAAAGAAAAAAUAAAAUGUAAUUUUCUGGAUGAAAAAGAGGUUUUUGUGGUUGAAAUGUGUGACAAAAAAAUUUUCGAGUUAGUAAAGACAGAUAAAAAUAUGAGACUUAAAUCGAAGAAAAUUCCAAAAUGUUCAACUCCAAGCAGAUAUGAAGUAUUGGAGUUAGAAGCCUCAUCUGUUAGCAAUGUAAAUAAUUCUCCUAUGGACCACACAGCAAUAGUUGAGAAACAACAUAGAGUAAACGAAAAAAAUCAAGAAAAUGAUCUAAGUGAUAGCCAAAAUGAAGUGGAAGUUGUUGAACUUUUUGAUAACAGUGAUAAUAUUCUUACAACUCCUAUUCAGAAUAAAAUAGGAAAGGAAAAGAAAUGGAGCCUACCUUUAUGUUCUGUUGUUGAAAAUACAUUUCCCACUGGUUUGAAAAUUAAUAAUAGUAAACCAAAUUUGGUUUCCAAUAACAUUAACCAAAGAAAUAUUAGUAAUAUGCAAUGUAAUUCAGACAAUCCUUAUCAUAGUAACGUGUUAAACUCUUCAGAUAGAAACCAUUCUAAAUUUGCAGCUAAAAACCUGUUAAAUUCUUCAGAUAGGAACCAUUCUAAAUGUGCAGCUAAAAACCAAUAUCACAAUAUGCCUGAAGAAAAUCUGUCUAAUGUUUUGGAUUCAUGUCAACAAUCAAGGCUAUCAAUGUCUAACAAGAAUGAUUUUGUUUCUGAUGAAAAUAUUGAUCAGGAUGUAAUUUAUCUUAGUGAUGUUAGUUAUUCCUCAAAUGAUAGAAAGAAAAAAAAUACUAUAUUAACUAAUGAAAAUAGAAUUACUUUCAAUAGAAAAAAUAAAACAAGUUGUAGAAAUGAAGGUAAUAAGAAACAGUGCAAAAAUAGAAAGGGAUGUGUUAUUGAACCUAGUAUGAGUAAUGAUGUCUCAGUUAUUUCUGACAGUAGUAUUGAAGAAAAUGAACUAAAUGUUUGUCAAACUCCUGAUAUUCAUUAUUUAAAAACAAUUGAUUUUUCUGGUGUAAUUACUGUUUCUGAUGAUACAGACAAUGAGAGUAAUAGUAACGUAACUGUUUCAAAAAAUGUUGAAAGCCGUGUCCCUGAAAUAUCCAUCGAAGUAUCUGAAGAAGAAGCUGAUCAUAUCGAAGACACACAGAGCUUAAAUGAGAAAUUGGAAAAGCAUUCUGAAUAUAUUGUGCCAUCUCUUGAUUUUGUAGAAGAACCUGUUGAUUUUCCUGUUUCUUUUCUUCACAUGCAAGGGACUCUUUCGUUUUCUGCUGACAAAAUUAAAACAUGGCAAUCACAAGGUAUUUUUAUCAAAAGUGGCCCAUUUUCCAAACAAGAAGAAACUUUGCUGAAAAGAAAUUUGAGGGCUUUUCAGUCUCGAUUUAAAGUUUAUAAUACUCGCUUAUUGCUUGGGAUUGGGCGUCAACUUCCAUUCUUUAAAAAUGAAUCUUGCCGUAUAAAAAGAUUUUUGAAAGCUAAGCACUUUUAUGAAAGAUUGGGUAAAGACAUCAAUAAUAGAACUCUUCAUUCUAUAUAUAAAAAAGCUAGGUUUUUAUUUAGUCCAUUUACAAGGAGACUAGAUAAAAAAUUUGCAGCUAGUGAUAAAGAAGUAAUUGCACAAAUUAUACAAUUGCAAGAAAAAUAUGGCAAAAAGUGGAUUUUAAUUGGACAAAUUUUGGGAUUAGAUCCUGCUUUUUGUGCAAAUAUUUUUUCAUAUCACAAAAAGCCUUUUGCAAAAGGCCGGUGGUCUGAAAGCGAGAUUGAACAUUUAGUUUUAGCAAUCAAAAAUAAUUCUAAAUCGUCUGAUUUAAUUGAGAAUUGGGAAAAAAUAGCAGACCUUGUACCUUCCCGAAAUGCCAAACAAUGUUACAGGUUUUGGACUAGUCAUCACAUGCGACUUAAGGAAAAGUGUUUUGCAUCUUGAGUUUUUAAACUUAUAUAAUUAAAUAACAAUAUUUAAAGUUACUUAUGACUUCAUUAUUAUAUUUGUUGUAUGGCUGAAAUUAUUUUUACAUGAUUCUUAUUAUAAUCUUCUCUUACAAAUAUUGUCUA